AUGCUGUCAAUAUUCCUGCUAGGCUUCUGUGCCUAUGCUCUUGCUGGUCCCUUGCAGCAGCCAUUGACCGACUUCCCGUCGCGUCAACUGCACGGUCGAUUUUUGCACAUAACGGAUUUCCAUCCCGACCGCCUGUACAAACAAGGGACCUCCAUCGAUCGCUCGUGCCACCGUGGCAAAGGACCCUCGGGGUAUUUUGGGGCCGAAGGCACCGACUGUGACGCCCCGCUCUCACUCAUCGACGAGACCUUUCGCUGGAUCGAAGACAACUUGAAGGAUGAGAUUGAUUUUGUGAUUUGGACCGGCGAUUCUGCCAGACAUGAUAAUGACGAAAAAUUACCCCGAACCGCAGACGAAAUCCUCGAUCUGAACACUUACCUCUCCCAGAAAUGGGUGAGCAUGUUCAGCGAGAACCGGGCGUCCUCGAUCGCCAAGCUCUCGGUGCCUGUGAUCCCGACCUUCGGAAACAACGACAUCAUGCCGCAUAAUAUUUUCGAUGAGGGCCCGAACAAAUGGACCAAGCGCUUUUCGGAAAUCUGGAACGCGUUCAUCCCCGAAGACCAGCGCCAUACCUUCGUGCUUGGGGGCUGGUUUACCACAGAGGUGGUUCCCGGUCGGCUGGCGGUCAUCAGUCUGAACACGAUGUACUUCUUCGACUCGAACAGCGCGGUGGACGGAUGCAAGGCCAAGUCGGAGCCUGGAUAUGAGCAUAUGGAGUGGCUGCGGGCGCAGUUGAAGAUCCUGCGGAGUCGCAACAUGAAGGCGAUUCUCAUGGGUCAUGUGCCUCCUGCACACUCGAGCGAGAAACAGAACUGGGAUGAGACAUGCUGGCAGAAAUACGCACUUUGGGUUCAUCAGUAUCGCGAUGUGGUGGUUGGGACUUUAUACGGUCAUAUGAACAUCGAUCACUUCUUCAUGCAAGAUAGCGAUGAGGUUGACAUUGCUGCAUCGGCUGAUGAGCAGAUGUCGAUUAACUCCAAAUCGGACUACCUGGAAUCCUUGCGCAGUCAAUGGUCCUCCUUGCCAUCUCCCCCGGCUGGAUUCUUCGAGGAGCUCGAUUCUGAGCUUGAGGCUGGCGGUGUCUCCGACACCACAGUGAAGAAGGGGAAAAAAGAGAAGAAGAAGGAAAAGAAGAAGCGGAAGUUUUUGGACAAGAUCGGAGGUCCGUGGGCCGAACGCUACAGCGUUUCACUCGUAUCACCCAGUCUGGUACCAAACUACUUCCCCAGCCUGCGAGUAGUGGACUAUAACAUCUCCGGGGUGGAAGUUACAAACCAGCCUGUUUCAUGGUACGAAGCGCAUACUGCCUCCGACCUCGACUCCACCUCUCUCGAAACCCCAGAAGCCAGCGAAGACCCCGUCGAGAUCGAAAAGAAGAAGAAGAAGGGCAAAAAGGGCAAGAAGCCCGACUUCAAAGUCCCCGAUGGUCCAUCAUCGACCGCACCCCCAGGCCCAGCGUAUUCAAACCAGCCAUUCACCUUCCUCGGGUACACCCAAUACUACGCGAACAUCACCCGAAUCCAAGAAGAGAUCGACGAAAACCAACCCGAGGACCCUCGCCUCAACUUCGAAGUCGAAUACACCACCAACGACGACGUGUAUCGAAUGAAAGACCUUACUGUGCGCAGCUUCUUCCAGCUCGCAGGCAGAAUAGCCGAUGAGGAUGCCCAGGCCGAUACCAGUUCGACUGCCGAUUGGUCUGCCAAGAAAAAGAAGCCCAUGAGCAUGAUCUGGCGGGCCUUUUUGAGACGAGCCUUCGUUGGGUAUGAAGAUAUUGACGACUUGGAUUGA